GUUAUCAAGAGGUGAUGGUGGCAUGGAUAUGUUCGGCAAUCAUAAUCAUUACUUACUAUUAUUUCAAUGCAAAGAUUUUACUAACAAAGUUGAAGUUGAUUAUAUCCGAGAUUUUGAAAGUGUUAUAUCAAGAUUCGAUAAACAAACAACAAUCGGAAUUUAUGUUACGUCUGCAAAGGAUGGUUAUUCGAGCGGUGCUAUAGGAAGAGCCAAAUCAUCUGAAUAUCAUUUACUAUUGACGAACUUAUAUGAUCUGUGUCAGGAUAUUCCCGAAUACUUGUCUAAAAUAUUGAAAGAUAAUUCUGUCAAGGAAAAUAUUUAUAGGAUAGAUGAAAAGGUAGAUGAGAUAAUUGAGAUACUCAAACGUCAAGAGAAGCUCAUACAUAAAAUUAACAAUGACCGAAUCAAAAUUGAAAAUAAGCAGAUUAAGUUGGAAAAAAAUCAAAUUAGAAUUGAGUGUAAACAAGAAAAAAUCAAUUUUUAUAAUUCUAUGUUAUUAUUGAUUGUUGUAGUUUCUGUAUUAGUUAAAUAUGAUUUCUUCUUGUAA